GAUUUGGUACCACUAUGGCUGAGCAGGCUGAACUUGCGUUCGUGACAACAUUUCUAAACACGAUAACAUCGCAGCCCGUCGCGUACCCUGAUGACUACCACCAGCCGCCUGAGAACUCGUUGAAGAAGGUGCCUGUGCUACAGGUACCGCUGCCUGCACUGCCCCAGCGGAAACAAGAAGAGGCAGGAUCGUCAUCAUCGGCGAUUACCCUCACCUUCAAAUCGCUCAAACCCGCUUCAUCGACAACCCUCAGAGUAUUUCCCUCUGAUACCGUUCUUUCUAUCAAAUCCCAGCUCUCUCCAGCAAAUCCAGCUGCUGUUCGUCUCCUGCUCAAAGGCAAGGCCCUCGCUGACAAUAAGCUCCUGCUCGAGUACCCUGUUCACGACGGCGACGUUGUCAAUCUCAUUCUCAAAGACACUCCCCCUGUAAUUGCUGCACCCACUCCAAUGAAGCCAGCACCUAUCACCAUCGCCACCCCCGCUGCACCCUCUCGUCAUACCCGUAUCCCAUCCGUCGUGCUCUCGCCUUCUCCAUCUCCAUCGGCGGAAAGGCCUGCCGACAUCUCCCUUUCCCUCGAUACCAACCCCCCUUCACCCACACGUCCUUCUACCUCUACAUAUCACCACACGCUUGCCAAACCAGAGAUGUGGGACCGGCUGUAUUCCUUCCUGAGAUCAGAAUUCACCACAGAUUCGGAUGCCCAACAGGCUUUCGAAGACUUUCUGCGCGCAGGCAAGACGGCUCUCACUGCCAACGAGGUCGCGCGCAUUAGAGAUCAUGUUGGUGUCGUAGGAAUGGCGGGGACGUAGCCAGUUUGAUUGUUAAAUAAUAGUACAAUAGUAUACUCGCUUUGUUCAAAGAAGGUAACAAUGUUUCAGACAAAUGGAACGCAUGGCCUAC